GCCUAAUUGUUGUGAUAAACUUAUUAAAUAGGGUUGUGAUUUCUGGUUUAAACAAGAAGCAAUUAAAGAGAUUCAAAGAUCUUAAAUUGUUGUAGGAACAUGCCGUUUAAUCAACGAUACGAGCGUCGCCGGUCAGUUGACGAUCACGACCUACCCGCUAGGGAUAAGGUUUACAAGCAAAGAUACGGUGGAGAUCCCAUUUUCCGCUCGUUAUGCAUUAAAGGUGGAUGGCCGCGUGGCAUUAUAGACCGAGAAAUCAAAGACGCUAUCGAGGAUAGCUUCCGAAAGUUCAGGGACUACAAUGUGCGAACCGCGAUGGUAGCCGGGGAAAAGAUUUGCUAUAUUAACUUCACAACAGAGAGUGAUGCCCGCAAUGCUCUCGAUAGAAUGAAAGUCGUCCAAGCUUUUGGCAAAGAGUUUCCCUUGGAGCCAGUAAUUAAAGGAGUCCUCCCAGUUAACCGACGUGAUCGAGACCGAAGACGAUCUAGAUCCAAUUCACCGCGAUAUCGAGAAGGUCCAAAGUCCGCCGUCAUAAGCAAAGCUCGCAGCCGUGAACGAUCUCCCAAGCCACCGAACGAUUACUCGCCAAAACCGAAAAGCAGUUAUGAUGCCUACGCAUCUCGAGAGCCUAGAGGAGUUGAACGUGAAGUUUUCUAUCAGCCGAAAAGUUCAUCCAAGUUUGAAAAUGAUCCUCCCUCUAGAAUGUUACUUGUGAGUGGCUUAGACAAAUCCAUUACGGAGAAAGACCUCUAUGCCGAAUUUCAGCGAUACGCCAGCGUAAUGACAAUCGAUAUUAAAGUUCCUAGAGAUGGUGCGGCGUUUGCGUGUGUUGCUUUUCUGAACCCCGAUGAAGCGGAAAAGGGAAUGAUCGGUAUGCAGGGCAAGCGAAUCGGGGACAAUAAAGUGAAGCUAGUUUAUGGGUCGUCUCCAGAGACUUCGUGUAUUUGGGUCGGGGGUCUGAGCAAGCAAACAAGCCUCGGUGUUUUGGAAACUGAGUUCGAUCGAUUUGGCGAUAUCAAGAAAAUCGAUUAUUCUAAAGGUGAUACGUUUGCGUACAUCGUGUAUAGUUCGUCCGAAGGCGCUAAAACAGCAAUAAAAGCGCUCACUGGGCGCAGUAUUUGUGGAAGCGCAGCUCCGGUCAGAUUCGAUUACGUUGAAUACGACCAAGUAUCAGCUAUGAAUUAUCAUUUGAAGAUAACUCAGAAGGCGGGAUCACCGAAAGCGACAUCAAGAACGUCGCCGGUUGUAGUGCGACGAAGUCCUUCUCCGCGUGCUCGGAUUCCAAGUCCACCUGUUGCGCGUGAGAGAAAUUUGAGACGCGAGAGUCGCAGUCCAGAACCAAGAGGUCGCGACUUCGGACGCGGCGUGGGUUCCCACUAUGAAAUGGAUAAACGUGUAAACAGAGGAUUCGAACGAAAUCAGGAGACUCGUCGUGAACCAUUUUAUCGCGAAAAUGAUAGACGUGACAAUGGAGGAGCGGUAUUCGUGCGAGAUAAUUCACGCAGUCGUUAUGAUAAGGAAGAUCGGCGAUAUAAUGGCUCUCAGUUAGAGCGUGGGGAGUACGAUAAGUCGCGAAGUCCAGGACGAGGUAGUCGACAGAGUAAUCUUAGUCCGGCUUCUGAAGCGCGAAGUGACAAGAAGCGGAACAGAGCUGGAAGUUUUGACAAGCGGGCAAAUUAUGUGAGACGAGAUUCAAAUGACGAGCCAAGAAACAAAAGACGCCGAACUCCAAGUCCGAUGUCUCUGGCCAAAGAAUGCCUGGACGUUACAAGUCUAGCUAAAAUUUUAGACAGCUGUUGGCGAGGCUACUUGGUUUUGAAAAACAGUUCUUUCAGUACACAUAUGACACUGCUUGACGGCAGCCAAGAAGUGUGUCGCAAGUUGUUGACUGAAGCGGAGACAGGAGAAACCGCAAAUGCCCUGAAAAUUACACAGCGUCUCAGAUGCGAAACGGGGAAACUUGAGGAAGUACGAAGACGUAUGCAAUCUGCCACCAAGGACGGCUUCUGUCUACUGCUUGCAACUCACAACGACAACUCGCCACCGAAACCUCUGCCAGAGCAAACCAACGCGAGAACUUUCAAGAAUUUGGUCUCGUAUCUGAAAUCGAAGCAAUCGGCAGGAGUUAUUGGGUUGCCGAUUGGAGCGGCGGAGAACUUCGGAGUCUUGCACGCGUUUCCACCCUGUGACUUCUUUGCGGAAGAUCUGAAGAAAAUUGCACCAAAAAUUAUUGAGCCUGAAAACUUAGAAGAUCAUCUGUUGAUAGUGAUUCUCAGUGGGAAUGCAUAUCAGGGUUCCCACUAUGAAAUGGAUAAACGUGUAAACAGAGGAUUCGAACGAAAUCAGGAGACUCGUCGUGAACCAUUUUAUCGCGAAAAUGAUAGACGUGACAAUGGAGGAGCGGUAUUCGUUCGAGAUAAUUCACGCAGUCGUUAUGAUAAGGAAGAUCGGCGAUAUAGUGGCUCUCAGUUAGAGCGUGGGGAGUACGAUAAGUCGCGAAGUCCAGGACGAGGCAGUCCACAGAGUAAUCUUAGUCCGGCUUCUGAAGCGCGAAGUGACAAGAAGCGGAACAGAGCUGGAAGUUUUGACAAGCGGGCAAAUUAUGUGAGACGAGAUUCAAAUGACGAGCCAAGAAACAAAAGACGCCGAACUCCAAGUCCGAUGUCUCUGGCCAAAGAAUGCCUGGACGUUACAAGUCUAGCUAAAAUUUUAGACAGCUGUUGGCGAGGCUACUUGGUUUUGAAAAGCAGUUCUUUCAGUACACAUAUGACACUGCUUGACGGCAGCCAAGAAGUGUGUCGCAAGUUGCUGACUGAAGCGGAGACAGGAGAAACCGCAAAUGCCCUGAAAAUUACACAGCGUGUCAGAUGCGAAACGGGGAAACUUGAGGAAGUACGAAGACGUAUGCAAUCUGCCUCCAAGGACGGCUUCUGUCUACUGCUUGCAACUGACAACGACAACUCGCCACCGAAACCUCUGCCAGAGAAAACCAACGCGAGAUCUUUCAAGAAUUUGGUCUCGUAUCUGAAAAUGAAGCAAUCGGCAGGAGUUAUUGGGUUGCCGAUUGGAGCGGCGGAGUACUUCGGAGUCUUGCACGCGUUUCCACCCUGUGACUUCUUUGCGGAAGAUCUGAAGAAAAUUGCACCAAAAAUUAUUGAGCCUGAAAACUUAGAAGAUCAUCUGUUGAUAGUGAUUCUCAGUGGGAAUGCAGAAACUGCUAAAUGAUUAGAUGGGUUUCACGAAAAAUUGGGAAAUUAAAUCAAAAAUUAAUACAUUCAAAUGAUAUCGAUUAUUUCCUGGCUCUCCCUUUAUACCGUCUCAACUUAUUUGCUGUAUACAUAUGUUUCUUUUUAAUUCAGUUUCCGAUGUCAGCUGGCUAUACUGAGCCGAA